AUGCUGACCGACAAACGGCAACCUAUUCGUUGCCGUGCGUUGCUCGAUACUGGAUCCAGCAUGAACUUCAUUACUAGAAGACUAGCCAAUUCCCUUGGAAUAAGACAAAAGAAGUGUUCGGUCCCAAUUGGGGUUCUCGAUACUUUAACGACGACGGCAAGGCGAUACAUAACGGCUACGAUCAUGUCAACCGACGGCAGCUAUGAACGUACAAUAACGUUCCUCGUCAUUCCGGCUAUCUCGACCCUGAUCCCAAGUCAACACAUCGAUCGCUCGACAUUGGAAAUACCAAAGAAUAUCAAUCUGGCCGAUCCACGAUUUCAUGUGCCAGGUCCGAUCGAUGUCUUACUGAGUUCAGGUACGACACUUGCUUCGAUGUGCGUCGGACAGAUUAAUCUGACGCGACCAGACGAGCCGGAACUGUGUUUACAGAAAACCCGAUUCGGCUGGGUAAUCGGGGGGAGUCCAACUUACCAAAUCGCGACAAAUGCAUUCCACGCCUCCACAACGGCUCUGCAAGCUGAUCUCGCGCGGUUUUGGGAAAUCGACGAAGGACCCCCGAUUCAACAUCUCUCAGAGGCAGAGCGACGAUGCGAAGAACACUUCCGAGAUCACGUCCGACGCACCAGCGAAGGACGAUACAUCGUCGCCCUUCCAUUUAACAGCCAGCUCCCAUCCCUUGGAUCAACCAAGGCACUAGCGAUGAGACGACUCGCAUCACUCCACCGCCGAUUCCAACGCGAUAACUCAUACGAAAUCGCGUACAGUAAUGUGAUCCAAGACUACAUAGACUUGGGUCACGCGACGAAGAUCGACCCUGGUCACCUCGCUAAUCACGAGUAUUAUCUGCCACAUCACGGCGUGAUCAAGGAAUCAAGCGACACCACUAAGCUCCAGGUUGUGUUCGAUGGAUCAGCGGCAAGCAACACUGGAGUAUCGCUAAACGAUACUUUGCUCACCGGACCAAAGUUGCAGGAGGAUCUAUUCGACAUCCUACUUAGAUUCCGGUCUCACCAGUAUGUUCUAACUGGCGAUAUUGAAAAAAUGUAUCGCCAAAUAUUGAUACUCCCAGAAGAUAGGAAAUAUCAACAAAUUCUGUGGCGCAAUUCCGACGGUGAGAUCGACUCCUAUCAACUUAACACCGUGACGUUUGGGUUGUCAGCCGCUCCAUACUUGGCCAUACGGUGUCUCAAACAAUUGGCAGACGACGAGGGACACCAAUUCCCGCGAGCAUCACUGGUAUUAAAGCGAGACUUCUACGUAGACGACGCCCUCACCGGAGCUGAUACGAAGGAAGAGGUACUGUCGAUUCGGAAGGAGCUCACCGACCUUCUGCAAUCAGGCGGCUUCAAUAUUAGAGGAUGGGCGUCCAACGAUUCGGACGUACUGAAGGGGCUAUCCGAACAAGACAAAUGCCGGAAGCUACAAUUAGGUGAGUCUCAGACCCUAAAAACCCUCGGGGUUUUUUGGAAGUCCCAAGUUGAUUCAAUCCUGUAUUCAGUCGAUACCCUAACUGAUCUCCCACGCGUUACAAAGCGAUCAAUAAGUUCGGUGAUCGCCAGAAUUUAUGAUCCAUUAGGAUUGCUAGCUCCAGUGAUAAUUCGAGCAAAGAUUAUUUUGCAACAUAUAUGGUCAUUAAAAAUCAACUGGGAUGAAUCACUUCCCGCGGAUUUGCAUACGGAAUGGAGCCGGUACUACACCCAAUUAGCGUUGAUAAACAACGUCCGGUUUCCACGAAAAGCUGUAAUACCAGCAGCGACUAGGAUGGAACUCCACGGGUUUUGCGAUGCCAGCGAGAAGGCUUACGGAGCCUGCGUCUAUCUCCGCACCAUUAGUUCCGACGGCUCCAUCCAAUCCCAUCUACUCACCGCGAAGUCAAAGGUCGCUCCGCUCAAAACACAGACGAUCCCACGACUUGAACUGAACGGAGCACUACGUCUGGCUACCCUGAUCGCAUCAAUCCAGAAGGCCCUGACGAUCGAGAUCUCUCGGAUCGUAUACUGGACUGAUUCCACCAUCGUGCUCCAGUGGAUCAAAUCCUCGCCGCAUAUGUUAAAAACAUUUGUGGCGAACCGAGUAGCCGAGAUCCAACUCAAGACUAACCUCUCCGAUUGGCGCCAUGUACCCACCGCCGACAACCCAGCGGACCUCAUCUCACGAGGUCAGACGCCCAAGGAGUUCCUGCGCCCGUCCAUUUGGAAAAAUGGACCAGAAUGGCUCCAGCAAAACGAAGAGCAUUGGCCAACAUGGAACCCAACUACGUCGGGCGAAAUCCCUGAGCAAAAGAGGUCACCCUGCCUGGCAGCGAACCCAGUCGACCAUACGAUAUUAGAAAAAUACUCGUCAUGGUCAAAACUAACCAGAGUCGUCGCUCGCUGCUUUCGAUGGAGACACAAGCAAAGCCGGGCAGUAUCUCUAACAGUAGAUGAGCUCAUUUCGGCAGAAAAUAGAUUGCUUAGACUCCUACAAAACAUCCAUUUUUCGAAGGAGAUUCGCUCACUACAAAAAGAUCGGACCACGUCCGUGGGAGGGAAACUCCAACGCCUAAAUCCUUUCCUCGACAAUGAAGGGAUAAUACGAGUCGGAGGACGACUCACUAACUCACAGAUGCCCUUCCACCAAAGGCAUCCGAUCAUUCUGCCAAAAUCAUCAGUGACUGAGCUCAUCAUCGACCAGGAGCAUCGACGCAACCAUCAUUCCGGAACCCAGGCCACACUAUACGCUAUUAGACAACGUUAUUGGCCUGUCGAUGGCCGAAGCCAAGUAUGGCGCACCAUCAAGAAGUACGUCCGUUGUUGCCGAGCCAAUCCACCAUCAGUAGAAUAUCUGAUGGGAGACCUGCCGGAGUCACGGAUCACCGAGUCGCGGCCCUUUACGAACAUCGGGGUUGAUUAUUGCGGCCCGUUCUAUGUCAAGGAGAGAAGGGAUCGUAAUCGCCGAAGGGUAAAGGUGUACGUCGCCAUAUUCAUAUGCCUGGCUACCAAAGCCGUUCAUAUCGAAUUAGUGAGCGAUCUGACAACCGACGCAUUCCUUGCCGCGCUCCGCCGGUUUAUCUCUCGGAGAGGACAUUGUGCGACCAUCCUUUCGGACAACGGAACUAACUUCGUCGGAGCAAACAGGGAGUUGAAAGAACUUCACCUCCUAUUACAAUCCGACGACCAUCAAGAAAGGGUGCAGACCUUCCUCACCGAUCGGCAGAUACAGUGGUCAUUCAACCCUCCGAAUUCACCACAUUUUGGCGGUUUAUGGGAAGCCGCGGUGAAAUCAUUUAAACGGCAUCUUAUUCGCGCCGUUGGCACGGAACUCUUGACCUUCGAGCAUCUCAAUACUCUGGUUAUUGAGAUCGAAGCGAUGUUGAAUUCCCGUCCACUUACUCCCAUCUCAACAGAUCCUAACGAUCUCCCAGUCCUCACUCCCGGACAUUUUUUGAUAGGCGACACAUUUACCAACAUUCGGGAACGAGAUCUUAGGACAAUCCAACCAAGCCACUUAUCUAACCGGCAACGUAUCCAUCAGCUUAAGCAGGAAUUUUGGAGUCGAUGGUACCGAGAAUAUCUUAACGAAUUAAGCAGCCGUAGCAAAUGGUACAAGGGUAAACAUGGCAUUCGUGAGGGCACAAUCGUAAUUCUCCGAGAAGACAACGUUCCACCUAUGCAUUGGCCCUUGGGCCGCGUCAUUAAGGUCCACCCAGGAGCCGACGGAAUUAUACGGACAGCCACGGUGAAGACAGCGACGAGUAUCCUGGAUCGCGGCGUCAAACGAUUGAUUCCACUACCCUGUCAACCCGAAUCGGAGGAACCCGGACAACCACGAACAGCGGAGAACGCAGACGAAAGUUCCCCCUGA